AUGGCUAUCAACAACCCUUUGGCUUUUACUUUUGGCUUACUAGGUAACAUCAUUUCCUUCAUGGUGUUCUUGGCUCCGCUGCCAACGUUUUACAAAAUAUACAAAAAGAAAUCAACUGAAGGUUUCCAAUCAUUGCCUUACUUGGUGGCAUUAUUCAGUUGUGUGCUUUGGUUAUACUACGCUUUUGUCAAAAAAGAUGCUUUUCUCCUUCUUACAAUUAACUCAGCUGGAUGUUUCAUAGAGAUUAUCUACAUUAUCAUGUACAUAAUCUAUGCUCCUAAGGAUGCCAGGAUGUUAACCAUUAAACUAUUUGUGGCGAUGAACGUGGUCUCCAUCACCCUUAUCUUCUGCACCACAUAUUUUGCUCUACAUGGUUCCCUCCGUGUGCAAGUCCUUGGAUGGAUUUGUGUCUCAAUUGCAGUGAGUGUCUUUGCAGCACCUCUAAGCAUUGUGGCACAGGUUAUUCGAACAAAGAGUGUACAAUUUAUGCCAAUAAAUUUGUCAUUUUUCCUGACAUUGAGUGCCACAAUGUGGUUUGCAUAUGGUCUCUUGCUGAAGGACAUAUGCAUUGCUCUCCCAAAUGUGUUGGGUUUUGCUCUGGGGCUAGUUCAGAUGGUGCUAUAUGCUAUUUACAGGAAUGGUGGCGUUAAAAAACAGUUUGUGAAAGAGGAAAAUGAGAAAGCAUUAGAGCCAAUGAAAAACAUUGUUGUUGUGAACCCAUUGGGGACUUGUGAAGUGUUCCCAAUCCCAGUGGCUGCCAACGGUGUUGUUGAUGACGUGAAUCAACAACUAGAAGAGAAAAAAGAUGUAGAAGAUGCAAAAGAGCACGAGAAAAGCGUGGAAGCCAGUGAAUUCCUUGUGUGA